AUGGAUUCGUUGCCUGUAGUGCCGGCGGAACACGCCAACUUUUUGUCUUACGUUCAGGCGCACCCAAAGACUCCUAUCCAGGACCUGGUAAAUCCUUACAAUGCAUUUGAUGCUGCUGCCCGCAGAAUCUACGCACAGAGCCCAUCGCAUCCUUUGGUGAAGGACAACUAUGCCAACAUUGUACCAGUAUAUAACGCUACCGGCUCCACUGAUAUUCGGGUCCGGGCACGAGAUCUUGCUUCCGAGGGGCCCGAGACUAAGGAAAAGUAUAUCUUACCCCUGGAAGACAGCAUCCGCAGACCCAAUGGCUCACCCGCCGUUGUCCCGACCCUGGCCGAGUUCCAACAGAACUUUGCCAUUUUUACGGAAAACUCCUUGAGCGAGCUAGACUGGAGCAAUGUUUGUGCUGCCGGAAGUGCGGUGGUCACUUCUGCUCUACCCGUACCAGAAAUUCAUCGCGGUUCAAAGAGAGCCCUACGCCAAUAUUAUCACGAUAAGUUCGCACCAGCGUCAGAUGUGGACCUUUUUCUUUACGGUUUGACCGAGGAGCAAGCUGUCGAGAAAAUCAAGCAUAUCGAAGAUAAGAUCCGGAAUGCUAUUUUGCACGAAACUACCACAGUUCGUACAAAGAACACUGUCACCAUUGUCUCGCAAUAUCCUACCCGUCAUGUGCAGAUUGUGCUUCGCAUCUAUCACUCAAUAGCCGAGAUCCUUACUGGUUUUGAUGUGGAUUGUUCUUGUGCUGCCUAUGACGGCAAGCAAGUCUACGCGUCCCCGCGAGCAAUCGCAUCCUACAUUACCCAGGCAAAUCAGAUUGAUCUCACUCGGCGGUCCCCCUCGUAUGAGAAUCGACUUUCGAAGUAUGGUCAUCGAGGCUUUGAAGUAUUCUGGCCGCAGCUGGACCGAUCAAAGAUUGAUCCUACAAUAUUUGAACGAAGCUUCAAUCGAACGGAGGGACUCGCUCGACUUUUGGUUCUGGAGCAACUUCCGAAGGCUGGCGAUCGAGAGUCAUACCUCGGAAAGAGGCGUUCAGAGCGUGGUCGACCGGCCCCGAGCCUGCAUUCAAGACUUCAACGCAAAUCACUGAGGGGAAAUAUCAAGAGUGAAUGGGAGGAUGAAGUUCCUGAGUGGCAAGAGGAAGACCAAGUUUCCAACUACCACACAUUUACUAUCCCAUAUGGCAAACAUUUCAAUGCUCGCAACAUCGAAAAGCUACUGUACACGAAAGAUCUGCUUCUGAAUGCCCAGUGGAAUCAGCCCAAGGAUCGCACAGUCUAUCUACACCGUCACCCAGCAUUCUUUGGUGAUGCAGCAGACGUCAUUGGAGAUUGCUGUGGCUGCUGCCCCGAGCCUUCCACAGAAGAAGAGCUGAAGGUCUACGAAGAGGAGAGCAGAAUAUAUAUCUCCGGCCCUGUGACAUUCAUGAAAGAUGACCCUGGUCGCCAAGAGAUUGGCAGUUUCAACCCAAUUACAGAAACUGACUGGACAGAAAUGGCCUAUGUUGGCUACACUGAGCGACUUUGUCAAGCAAUUUUGGCUGGUGAUGUAGAAGCUAUCAAAAUCUUUUUGGCCGACAGGGACGCAAGCCCUGAUCGCCGUGAUUAUACUGGACGCACACCACUUCAGCUCGCCUGUAUCUCAUCUACACCGGAAGUGGUACAAUGUCUUGUGGAUCAUGGGGCUCGACUAAUCGCUCGCAUGGCUGACGGAAAGACAGCUUUGCAUUUGGCAGCUGCUCGGGGAAAUGUUGAGAUAAUUCGCAUUCUCUUGAUCAAAAGCAAUGAGAAUGCAGAAGCCGAGUCCAGAAAAGAGGAUUUGAAAAAGAAAAGCACGAAAGAACAGGCAAAAACCGAAGGUGAAGAUGAUGAAAUGCAGGACGCGGAUGAUGCUUCCCACACUUCUGCAUCCUACGUCAAGGUUGAGAAAGAAGAAAAGGAUGGUGACGAUGUGAACCAUGGAACCCUUGAAGAGGAUGAAGAAGAUGCUGAUAUCUACGACAUCAAUGCGACUGCGUGGGAUAGCCUUGCUUCGCCUCUUCAACUGGCGAUCCUUCAUGGCCACACCGAUGCUGUCACGGAACUUGUUUCCUCCUUUGGAGCUGACAUCAUGACGCCAAUUAAGAUUCUCAAUGACUGGAAUAGAACGCCAGAGGCUGCAAUACUCAACUUGGUUCUAGUCCUUGCUCUUCCUUUGGACAAAGCACGAGACAUGUCGCGGACACUCCUGAAGCUCGGUGCCUCUCCUGCCCAGGCAGACCUUACCCAGAGGACGCCAUUGCACUACAUUGCACAGUCCAACUACAGUGACCUCCUUAGGGUGUACUUGGAGCAUGAUGGCCCAGCACUACAGCGAGCAAUUAAUCAUGUGGCUAUAACAUCAAAAACCUUCUUUGGUGCAGACUGCAUUUUCUUUUCAGCCUUGAUGGAUGCGAUUGCAACACAGAAUCAAAAAUCCGCAAAAGAUUUGCUGGAAGUAGGCGCAAAUCCGAAGUUUGAACUUGAAUACUUGAUGAGCGCCAUCAAGUCUCAGCUUUGCGACCUCCAUAGCACUCAAAAUGUUGUGGAACAAGUUAAACAAGGCACUAAACAACCUAUCCUUUACGCCGCAGAGAGGGAUAUGCCUUUAGUUGCUAUCGAGUUACUGCGCCGGGGUGCUGAUCCAAAUUCUGAAGAGGCCGCAGGCUGGGGGAGGAAGAACAUGACAGUUCUGACAUGCGUCCGGAACUCUUUGAAAUCCAAGCGAAAAUUUUUGCGUGGUGACAAAGAAGUCCCUGGAUUUUUUAAUCCCUGGAACCGCCCUACUGUGUUUGAGAAGGACGACGAAUCAUACCUGGCAGAGUAUCCACUGUCUUCUUACCGGAGAUUCUUCGCGACUCAUCAACUAAAAGCUGCUCACGAAGCGAGGAUGAAGUACGAUGAGACCUUCGGAGGACAGAAGACUGACAUUCAUGAACCUGGCCUCAGUGAGAAAAAAGAGGUUAUUGCAAGAUUGAUUCAAGAAUACGAGCUCCUCGAGAAGGAAUUGUUAGCACAAGAUGCGAAGACGGUCGAAGAACUUCACCCAGAAUUGAUUCAACCACCGACCCACAAAAUGCCGACUGUUCAAGACCAGGGGAACAUCUUCAAGAUUGACUUUGGUUUCUCAACACAUGUACUGACUGACACAGCGCGCGAGGGAUACCUGCAAUUGUUCGAGGCAGCAUGGAAUGGCGAUACAAAGACAAUCAAGGCGUUGACUCUCUCCAUGUGGGGAUUAUCUCAAGACCAGCCCCCUCUUGAAAUUGCAGCCCAGGAUGAUCUUGAUAACUCGUGUCUCUCCAUUGCUAUUCUUCGGGGUCAUUUGAGUACCGCAGAGGCGAUCAUUCACAUCCUCCAGGCUCAAUACAAGAAAAAAGAGCCUCAAGGCCAUGUGAAAUUUGAGAUGGACUCUGAUGCCAAUGACUCAGAUGCAGAAUCAUUAAGUAGCGAAGACAUGCAAAUUACCAGCCACGUUAUUAAUGAUCAGUUUACCCAUGAGAACGUCGGAGAGGUCGUGACCCAAGUCGAAAGCCAGAUUUCCCCUUUGGCAGCACUGCAGGGCUCCUGCGGCGCUCAUAAUUUCCUGGGCGAUGCAUCGGAACUCUUGUUCAGAGAAUUUGGUCCAAACAUUGGGUACUGUUCCAAUCUCCAUCUCGACACGCUUUUGAGCUAUGCCAUUUUCAAGAACGACAAUUCUCUCAUCGACUUCCUACUGAAGCAUGGGCAAGAAUGUGCAAAGAGCGACCCCUCCGGCAAGGCUGAAUUCACCAUCUCACAGAGAGAUUUCCAACUUGCAAUUGCAUUGGGUCGUAUAGACUGCGUGGGCAAAAUGAUUCAAACUACCGCAGUUGGCCUUCCACUCGCUGAAAUGUGUGAACAGUCUGGAAUCAAGCCAAAGGAAGAGCACCUCUACUACCCCGGUCUAUCCAUUCGUGGAAAGAAACGGAAGGACUGGGCCGAUGCUGGUCGAGUCGUCGAAAUGCCCCCGCCAGGCUCACGUCCACCUUUGUUGAUCGCAGCCACCCAAGGAAAUCUGUCAGCCACCGAGUGGUUCCUUGGUACCGCACCGGGCAGAUACUAUGUGAACUAUGCGAAAUCGCACAUGGAAGAUGAAAGCAUCCAAAGGCUAUCGCAGUCCAAGCUAGGACUUGAAGGAUCUAUUUUGAACUGGCUGCAGACAAGAAACAAUCUCGUGCUUCACUGUGCUGUCAUGUCUCGACCUUGCGAGGAAUCUGAGCGUCUAGUUCAAUACUUGGUGGACCACCACCCUGAAUGUCUCGAGGUUCGCUCUUCGGGAGGGCAUACUCCCCUUUCACUGGCCUACUCCCUUCAUAGAACAAGCUUCGCGCGCAUUUUGAUCGCCGGAGGAGCCAAUCAGUCGACUCGCGACUCCGACAACCGUAACAUCAUGCAUCUUCUCCUCAAUUCUAUCGAAGGAACCAUCUGCAGCCACGCGGAAGAUAUCGCUCCAUUGGUCAGCCUCCUUGAUCCAAAACUUGUGCCUUUGAUGUUGGUGCAACGGGCCGGGGAUGGAUCAAUGACACCUUUAGCGCGUUGGCUGCAAUCCAACUACAGCAAUGCUACUUGGGACACACAGAAUCCCGCCUUCAAAGAAACCUAUGACAGAAUGGCCGCCAUGACAAGACUAUUGAUGAGCUACGAUGAAUCCAGCAAUCAAAAGCAGUUGGAGAUCCUCGACGGAUCUGGAAAUACCGCAGUGCACGUUGCAGUCAAGUUUGGAUAUCCUACGGUGUUGGAGACGAUGCUCGAUCGACGACCUGAUUUAUUGCACCGAGAGAACGCAACUGGCUGCACACCACUUGAUCUAGCUGUGGAUUCCUGGGUAAAUAAGACUACUCGAACCCCCCGCAAGCUUCCGAUAAGUCGAUAUGACAGAGUUCCUGAGUGGGAACUUGUCGUUGAUCGUCCUUCACGGUAUUUCCUUGCAGAUCAUGACCCGAGAACAAGGUGGGAGAUCAUGUUCCAAAUCUGUCAGGAUCGAUCCCGGCAAAGACCUGGCAAGAGAACACUCGUCACUUUGUUUGAAGCAAAUGAGGUCGCAAAACGAUUAACAACGGACAAUCGUUGGUCUAAACGGCUUGCAGUUGGGUCCGAGUCUGCUGUCGAGGAAGAGAAAGAUGAGGUCGCUGUAUGGGGUGUAGUGGCCAGCCGGUAUUGA